AUGGCGCUGGUCGUAAAUACCCUCUCGUACAAAGAGACGCUGCAGCAGGUGCUGGCCAGUGUCGAUAUAGCCAAGAGAGAGCCGAAAUGGUUCGGUCCAGGUGCAUCGCUGAAUCGUACCGCAGACAAGACGCGGGCUUCAGGUCCUUUGUUGUCUGAAUGUCUCUUGCUUGUCCUGGUACAUGACCUGCUCUUUGCAUCACGAGGCAUUCAGGCCGCCAAGGCGUGGCCGCCCAAAGAGCGCUUGGAGAAGUACAAGUCGCAGCUGCAUGCAGAGUUAGUACGACUCCAGAUUCGACGGAAAAAGAAGAGCGUAGAAGAGCUUCGGAGUGGUGAAGCAGAGCGCAAGAUUGCCGGCAGAAUUCCGCGGUGGUGCAGAGUGAAUACCCUAAAAGUAUCGCAGGCUGAAGCAAUCAAUCAGCUGCAAAAGGCUGGAUUCACCCUCGUCGAUACAGAGACACUGGACCAGGAGCACCAAUUUGCUAGGUCACGGCACGUUCGUCAUGUCCUUGCCUUCCAUCCGAAAGCGACGUCCAAACUGAUGAGCUUGCCCCUCUUUCGCACAGGCGGCCUAAUUCUCCAGGACUUGGCCAGUUGUUUCCCUGCCGAGGUGCUGGAUCCACGCACGUGGGCCUCAUCGGAGGUCGAUGCGUUGGAUGCGACGUCGGCGCCAGGGAACAAGACGAGUCACCUGAGUGCCCUUAUGCUGGGCCAAGGCACGCUGACCGCGCUGGAACGUGCGCCGCAGCGAUUCAAGACGCUGGUCAAGAUGCUUGAUCGGGCCGGCUGCCUUGCCUCGAGAGGCGGAAAUGUGCACCCGAAGAAAGACGAUUUCCUCGCGAUGGAGCCGCUGGGCGAUGGUGCACUGGUUCGUUUCAUGCUUCUCGAUCCUAGCUGCUCAGGCAGCGGCAUUGUGAACCGAUUAGACUACUUGACCAGCCAAGACGACGAGCAGGACAAUAUCGAGCAGGUACUACCGGACGACAACCGCCCUGCGCCCCUCGAUGCCCGACUUGCGAGCUUAGCUGCGCUGCAGCAGCGCAUGAUCCGGCAUGCCAUGACGUUCCCGAGCCUGGAAAGAUUCACAUACUCGACCUGCUCUGUCCACGAGGAAGAGAACGAACAUGUGGUCAAGGCUGUGCUGGAGUCGCCCGAAGCAAAGGAGGGCCAUUGGUCCCUAGCCCCACGCUCAGACGUCCUGCCUACGUGGAACGAGCGUGGCCGGCCUGAGGCAUGCGGGGGCGACGAGAAGAUGGCCUCGUGGCCAUGUGCCAUGUGA